GAUUCUCUCACAGAGUUGUCAACGAUUGGAAAUCCUUACCUGAUUCGGUAGUAUCAGCUCCAUCGGUGAACGCUUUCAAAGAGAAGUUAGAUCUCUACAGACAUAUACUUUAUAAGGAUUAACACAGGCAACAAGAGCCUAUUAUCCAUUUCAUCUGAAUCUGAAACUCAAGCGCGUUCGAUGAAACUUGCGCCUCUUAAUGGUUAACAAGGGUGACAACUGUUCCUCGAAGUUAGAAGGGAUCGAUGUAGAACUUUCUAAAAUAGAAGAGAAGUUAAUUGGUUUUGAGGAAUGUAAAGAUAAGACUUUCGCCUCUUUGGAGACAGGGAUAAAUACGCUCCAAGCUGUGCUCCAAGAUCCUGAUAAUUUUUUCAAUCUUAAAAUUAUUAUUGAACAGUUUGUAACAAGUGCAAGAGCAAAAUUAUCCGAUUAUAUAAAAUCUCAUCGUGAUAUUCACUUACCGAUUUCAAAGUUUGGAAAACUUGUAGACAAGAGUUUUGUAGAGGAUCUUUCUCAUCUGACUACCUAUUUUACAAAUCGAGAAAAGAAAGACAGUCAAAUAUCUAAGUCAUCAUCAACAGGAAAAGCUUUGUUGAACACACCGUCAAUAUUAUGCGAAAAUGCAUUGGCAAAUAAGUCUCCAGAUGAUCUUUUACGUCUAGUUAUCAUUGAACACUUACUUCGUGAAGGACAUCAGUCUUUAGCUGUAGAUUUAAUGCAUAACUUUGGUUUCACAGAAGAAGAAAUAAGAUUAGAGAAAUUUAAAGAGCUUAGUAAUUUAGUUUCAUGUACUCAAAAAGGCGAAUUAGAUCCUGGUAGAAAAUGGUUAAAAGAUAAUCAUGAAAAACUAGGUGAUCAAGCAAGGCAGUUAGAAUAUUGUCUAGCCAAGCUAGAUUUCUUGUCAACAAUACAAAGGGAGCCUGUCGAUCCAGCUGCUGUAAUUCAAAGCGCCCGCCAGCUGGUACCAUAUGCUGCUGAUUAUUCAUCGGAUUUUGAACAUCUUAUGGGAAGUCUAGUUUUCAUUGGACGUAGUUUAGAAGAUACACCAUAUGCUGAUUUAGCAUUACCAACCAGUUUGUCUAGUGUAUCGUCUUCUGAAGGCGGCUGUCAACAGAAAUCUGAAGAUGUUCAUAUGACUGAUGAAGGAUGUUCCUUGUCAUCAGCAUCAACGUCAACAGCAGCAUCAAUAUCAACAGCAUCUGGAACUAGUAAACCUAAAACAACAGAUAGUUGUAGUGCUUUAAAUGAAGCAGCAAAUUUAUUCAGAGCACGUUGUUGUCAUCAAUUAAAUCUAUCUGAUAUUGAUCCAUUACUCACUGCAUUUUCAUCUGGAUGUCGUGUACUUACACGUCUGCAUUCACUGCAACGUGCUAUCGCCUGUCUUAGUAAAUAUAGUUCACUAGAUGGUGAUAUGUUACCGAUUUCAGUGAAACUGGAUCCAAGCGCUCAUCGUCAUAAUAUUUUCCAUUGUCCAGUUAUUAAAGAAGUGAUAUCUGCUUCAAAUGAUGGUAAUGGCACUAGUGGUGGUCCUGUACGCCUAACAUGUGGACAUGCUAUAUCCAGGGAUGCAUUCAAUUCUUUAGCCAGUGGUGAUAGAAGUCGAAUGAAAUGUCCUUAUUGUCCUGUGGAGACAUUUAAAAAUCAGGUAUUGGAUUUGAUAUUUUGAUGAGGCUAAUUAUUCACAUAUGGACAUGCAUAUUACUAUUAAUUCAUGUACGUAAAAAAGAGAUGCAUUCAAGGCAGGCAGCUAGAAGUUCACAUCCCCCCUACUCUAGUGGAGUACAUUAUUUUACAAUCAAUAAUUGUUUUGUGAUAUUAUCAGUAAUGGAAUGAAUGACAUUUUAAUUUGCCGCCCCCCCCAUAAAUAGUAUUAUUAUUCUACCGCAGAUUGUCUUCCUAUCCUUCAAUUAUUUACGAUUAGACUUUCAUUUAGACAACUCUUGUGGUCGGGGUGGUGGUGUUAUCGGUGGUUGUACAGUCAAUCUCAAUCGAUAUACGCUUAAUUUUGUUUUGACUGUGUUACUGAACAAUUUGGCGUGUUGCUUUUUUUUAUUCCAUGUAAACAAAAGUCUUUUCGCAUAUAUAUUAUAAUCUAGCUUGUGUUUUCUGUCAUUUCUAAUAUUUCUUUUCAUUGCAAUCAAAUUUAACUUAUUCCCUCCCUCUCUCUCCGUUGACCCUACCUCUUAUUAUUUUUUCCCCAUUUGUCAUCGAGUCUUAUUCAUUCAUACUAUACUCUGAUGCUACAAAUUCUGUUAUAGUACAAAGUUGUGUGUUUCCUUCCCCUUUUUAUCAUAUACAUAUGCAUAUAUUUAUACUAUCAUUCAUUUAUGUCGAUUGAUUAAUUCAAUUGAGUUCUUUCAUCUGGAAGAAAGAGUGUGUGCUGCACACUGCACAUAAAUAAAUAGCAAGUUUGCUAUUACCCUGUGAAAAUAAUACAUUCAGGAC